AUGUAGACAUAGCCUUAACCAAUUGGAGUAAUCACGUAUUAUUCUGAUCAAUUUGAACCACAAUGUCCCUAUUGUUAAUCAGGAGAACAUUCCAUUUAAUCUGAUACUUGCACGUUUUAAUAAACUCAUCAUAUCAAUGAGUAGGCCGUAAGGGGAAGAGUUGUGUAUGUGUCACCUGAGAGAAUAGUUUCAAGAAAAAUCAUAGAAACAACUGCUAUAUCCCCAUCCAUGUCAUAAUUGGUUACUCCUUCAAUAAUUUCAACAGCUACACCGAGAAUAAUAACAUCCUAAAAUCCACUGACCCAAGUGUCCCCAGUUCUGAAUUAAAAUUAGAUUAUCUCCAAGCAAUAAUCUCCAAUUCUUGUUCAUCAAUAAUAUGUGAUUCCACAACAGUCUUACAUUUAACAACAAAUACCUAUUGUCUAACAAUCUUCCUAUGACUUGAAGAUGAGUAGGGAGCUGUAGUAAUCUUAGCUAAUUUAAUAAGAUUUACAAUUAAAAUAAAAAGAGUUAGCAGAAAAAUUACAAAAUUAAACUGAAGAAAUUCAGUAAUCUAAUUUGGCUUAUAAUCAAUUACAAUAGGCUUUAUAUGAGAAAAAGGAUGAGUAUGAAUAACUAAAAAAGGCCUAUGCAUAUUAAACAUAAUAUUCUCCAACUACAUCGGUUCCUUAAUCUCUAUAAGAGAUAUAUAAUAAAUCAUAGGUGAAGGAGAAGAAAGUAGUUUUGUCAUAGGAGGAAUUAGAGUUAUAUUGGAAACAUCGAGUAUAUGAAUUAGAAGAAUACUUAUAUGAAUUAUGGGGUAAGAUUGGCUAAAUGCAGCAGUAAAAAUAAGAAUCAAAAAAGGAUGAUAGCAUAAAAAUAGAAUAAUUGUAGAGAGAAGUUUGUUAAUUGGAACAUAUUGUAAGACUAAAAUCUAAUUCAGUUGUAAUUUUAAAAAAUAAGUUGAAUAAUCUAAUGUAUCAGUAUGAUCCAGCUACUGAGGUUACAAAAUAAUAGGAUUAACAGCUUUAAUCUGUAAGACAAUAGGUCAUGAAUUUAAAUUCGAAGUAUUAACAGAUACAAGAGGAGAUUCAAGAUUUGGAGGCCUAAAAUUAGAAAAGCAACGUGGGGGUGAAUGAUUAUAAUGCUAUUCCAAUUAAUCAGGAUUCUUUCUAGUAUUGAAUUGAUUUUUUAUAAGAUUAGAAAAUGAGUUUAAGUAUAUUAAUUAACUUAAAUAAAG